AUGCCCAACACUGGGAAGCCGAGUAAAGAUUGCCAUCUCUGUCGUUCGAGACGAGUGAAGUGUGAUUUAGGCCGCCCAGCUUGCCAAAGAUGCAUAAAGUAUGGCGCCGAGUGUCCAGGAUAUCGCAGUGAGCAGGAGCUCGUCUUCCACAACUACACCUCCAAUUCUGGUGGUCCCAAGAAGCGCAAGAAGCGCGCCCCCAAAACAGCCGGCAGCACCCCAUCAGUAUUAUCAUCAGCGCCCCCUACCCCGUCGUCCUUGGGUGACUCGGGGCCGGCAACGCCUUCACUGGCCUUCUUAGACGAAGAUCAACCGUACCUCUCGCCGGAGGAGGCCCAGCUCAUCCUUGCCAACUCCCCUUCCCCUCUAUUCCUGACCAAGCCUUUGCAUGAGCACUGGACUGCCCAGUCAAUCCCCAUCCUCCUCAAUGUCUAUGAGUCUCUGGAGUUCCUAAAUAAGAUUUAUCAAAACUACCCGCAGGACGGGCCCUUGGUCUGGGCUGCUCACCUGUUUUCCCGCACUUACAUAACCAACGUCGCCCACCCAACGUCUGUACACAAGGAUGCGCAGGAAGAGACGGAGCGAGAGCUCAGGACCUACAUGGGGAAGGCUUUGCGCUCGGUACACGGGGCGCUCCAGGCGCCUGACGGUGCACUGAGGGAUGAUGUCCUUGCCACCGUAUGGAUUCUCGCUAACUACGAGCUCCUUGCUGGGUCAUUAAACAACUCAAAAAUCUUGAGCCCAUGGCAUCUCCAUUCCCGCGGGCUGUGCAGCAUCCUCAGGACAAGGGGGUCGAAAAUGUUCUUCUCCGAGGCAGGUCGUGUGGCCUUCUGGUCUGCCUACAAUAUGGUUCAAAUUGAGGCACUUGUGACAAGCUCUGAAUGCCCAGCAGAGUCGAGAGAGUGGCUGGGCAUCAUUAGAACCAUAAUGGACCAGUCGGAGCACGCCCCUCUCCUGGUGUCUUCAUACAUUGUCGAGAUAGCACGCGUGCAAUGCAGGAUGCUCAUCAUCCUACGCGACCACGACAGCCAGGCAGCUUCGGCAGAGUACUCGACACUCAUGGACUGCCUGAGGAAAGCUGAGGCAGAAGUCGUGGCCAACCUCAAUAUCGGCGAUGCCCCCCAUCCCCUGGAACUGUACUGGGUACAGCUGUGGCGUGCCGCCCAGGUCAAAUGCUACCACGUCGCUCAUCUUCUGGCCACCUUCUUGACGCACUUCCCGCCGUACCCGGUCUCGCUUGACCAGCUGGAAAGGGACAGACGCGAGUUCCUGGAGAAGGUUUGGAGUGCCUCGGGCUCCAUCCUAGCAGACGCACCCAGAUUUCUUGGCGCAUUCGGCGGACACAGAGGGCCGAGACCACCCAAGGCCCUUUUCGACGCCUUGAAGAUGAUAUGGCCGCUCACCGUCAUUUACAUCAUCCCCUCGUCGACGGAGGAACACAAGGCAGGUGCCCACGCCUGGCUUCUUCUGGUUGGGAGGGAACUGGGGGUGAGGCAGGCCUUGAAAGUAUACCCUGAGCAUGCGAUGCGCGGCGUGCCAGACGAGGCCCGAGAGCCGUUGAGGAUCGAGGAAAUCUGA